AUGAUGCAUCAGCGGAGGCUUCCAAGGCCGUCCAACGACAGGCGACAUCGACAUCGGCAUCGGAACCAUCGCAUCCACCUAGAGUAGUCGCUUCUUACGAAGGCGAUGGCCUUAUUUGGAACUGCCCUCUCGCUCCUCAUCCCACCGGCGAGGUGUCAAUGGCUCUCGCGGACGGUAACGUCGUGUGUGAGGACUUCAGUCGGGUGGACGUGGGCUCCUUCGGUACGCUCGUCGGCGUGUUUGACGGCCAUGGCGGCCCGCACGCCGCGCGAUUCGCGGCGGACAGCCUCCUCGGCCACGUGCACCGCGCGCUCGGAACCGGGCCCUUCCAAGAGGCAGAGGAGCAAAGCCGUGGGGCCAGCGUGGGGGGAAGAAGCGUGCACGAUGGGAAUGGAAGCACGCAUGGUGGUGGCGGUAUGUGUGGUCGAGAAGGAGGCGGAGAAGAGAACCUCCCAAGGCCGGGAGGUGAUGCAUCAGCAGCGCGUGCGCGAGAUGCCUCUGGGGUGGUCUCCGCAAGCGUACACGGAGUAGCAGCAGUGCAAAGAGAGGCAGCGCGGGAGGAAGCGCCAGCCGCAGCACCAGCAGCGACUCUCGCACCAGGAUUAGUAGCAGGAGCAGCAGGAGGGACGACAAAAGCCACGUGUGCCUCCCCGACACCGGACUCCGCCGAUCGCAUUACCAACGACGAGCAGCGCGCGUGCAGCGCAGUCCUAUCCGCGUUCGCGUCGACCGAAGCGGAUCUCCUGGCCCUCGUGCGCGCCGCGUGGCACCACCGCCCCGAGCUCGCCAACACGGGCACCUGCGCGCUCGUCGCCUUCUUCCCCGCGCACGGCGCCUCCCUCGUCGUCGCGUCCCUGGGCGACUCGCGCGCCGUGAUGGGACGGAGGCGGCCGCGAGUGGGAGGGCUGCUGGAGAGCACGCAGACCGUUUCUCUAUCCGAAGAGCACAACGCAAGCCAGGAGCGGGAGCGACACCGGCUGCAGCAGAACCACCCGGGAGACCCCACAGUCGUCAUGCACCGCAACGGAGCGUGGCGCGUGAAGGGAAUCAUCCAAGUCACGCGCUCUCUAGGCGACUUCUACCUGAAGCACAAGGAGUUUCAGCAGCCGCCGCUGCCCAGGAGGUUCCGUUUGGAUCAUCUGGGGUCGCCGUCGGGUGUUGCCCUGCGCCGGCCGCUGCUGAGGAGUGACCCGAGCGUGGUGCAUGUGCGGGUAGGCGAGGAGGACCGGUUUGUGAUCCUGGCGUCCGACGGCCUGUGGGAGCAUGUGAGCCGCGCGGAGGCUGUCAAGAUGGUUGACUCGCGCCCAAGACAGGGCAUUGCACACUACCUUGCCCGCACGGCCGUGUCGCGAGCAGCGCGUAAGGCGGGUGUGACGAGAGGAGCAGCACCGGUAGUUGAGCGCUUUGCCCACCUCGCGACCCUCGCCCAUCGCCCACCCACCGCCCGUCGCCCUCGCCGCCUAGCCGCCCGUCGACCUCGCUUCCCUCGCCCAUCGCUCUCGCUUCCCCCGCCAGUCGCUCUCGCUUUCCCCGCCUACCUCCCUCGCCUCGCCCGUCCCCCUCGCUGCUUCCCCGCCCGCCGCCCUCGCUUCCGCCCGUCGCCCUCGCAUCCGCCCGUCACCCGCCCUUCCGCCCACCGUCCUUCCUUCCCCUCGUCGCGCUCCCUUCCGCCCGUCGCCCUCCCUUCGUCUUGUCGCCCUCCCGUCCUCCCGUUGCCUUCCCUUCCGCCCUCCGCCCUUCCUUCCCCUCGUCGCGCUCCCUUCCGCCCGUCGCCCUCCCUUCGUCUUGUCGCCCUCCCGUCCUCCCGUUGCCUUCCCUUCCGUCCUCCGCCCUUCCUUCCCCUCGUCGCGCUCCCUUCCGCCCGUUGCCCCCCUUCGUCUCGUCGCCCUCCCUGCCGCUCGUCGCCCUCCCUGCCGCUCGUCGCCCUCCCUGCCGCUCGUCGCCCUCCCUGCCGCUCGUCGCCCUCCCUGCCGCUCGUCGCCCUCCCUGCCGCUCGUCGCCCUCCCUGCCGCUCGUCGCCCUCCCUGCCGCUCGUCACCCUCCCUCCCGCUCGUCCCCUCGCAAUCCCCGUCUAUCUCUCUCCCCCGCCGCCCUCCCAUCCACUCCUCGUUGCCCUCGGCAUCCCUCCCUUGCUCCCUUCACAUCUCGCACACUUGUCACGCCCCCUUUCCAACCCGCACUUACACCCUUCCCUCUCCCCAAUAAUCGCCUUUCACCCCCACACAGCUUACCUCUCUUCCUCUUCCCCCCAUCAAUUGCCCUGCUCCCCACCGUCCUCCCCCCAGCUCUCUCCCCGGCAUCUCUCCCGCUCCCCACGUCCUCUUCCCUGUUUCCCCGUAUCCCCUGCAAUGCUUCCCCCAAACUUCUUCCCUGUUUCGCCGUAUCCCCUGCGCUGCUUCCCCCCAUUCUCUGACUUGCUUCCCCCCAUCCCUUUCCCUGCUCCCCCCCGUCCACUCCCUUGCCUCCCCCCAUCCCCGUCCCUGCUUUCCCCCAUCCCCUUCCCUGCUUCCCCCCGUCCCCUCCCCUGCCCCCCCCCAUCCCCUUCCCUGCUUCCCCCAUCCCCUUCCCUUCUUCCCCCCAUCCCCUUCCCUGCUUCCCCCCAUCCCCUUCCCUGCUUCCCCCCAUCCCGUUCCCUGCUUCCCCCCAUCCCCUUCCCUGCUUCCCCCCAUCCCGUUCCCUGCUUCCCCCCAUCCCGUUCCCUGCUUCCCCCCAUCCCCUUCCCUGUUUCCCCCCAUCCCCUUCCCUGCUCCCCCCCAUCCCCUUCCCUGCUUCCCCCCAUCCCCUUCCCUGCUUCCCCCCAUCCCCUUCCCUGCUUCCCCCCAUCCCCUUCCCUGCUUCCCCCCAUCCCCUUCCCUGUUUCCCCCCAUCCCCUUCCCUGUUUCCCCCCAUCCCCUUCCCUGCUUCCCCCCAUCCCCUUCCCUGCUUCCCCCCAUCCCCUUCCCUGCUUCCCCCCAUCCCCUUCCCUGUUUCCCCCCAUCCCCUUCCCUGUUUCCCCCCAUCCCCUUCCCUGCUUCCCCCCAUCCCCUUCCCUGCUUCCCCCCAUCGCCUUCCCUGUUUCCCCCCAUCCCCUUCCCUGCUUCCCCCCAUCCCCUUCCCUGCUUCCCCCCAACCCCUUCCCUGCUGUCGACCUCGCUUUCCCCCUCCCGUCAACCUCGUUUUUCCACUCCCGUUGA